AUGUUGCGUAGUUUGAAUCCCUUCCUGCGCGAUGGGUUAAUACUUGUUGGUGGAAGACUCGAGAAUUCAGACAUAGCCGAUGGACAAAAACACCCUAUAGUAUUGCCUGCUAGUCAUAAAAUAACCAGGCUAAUAUUUGAAGCAUACCAUCUCGAGCUACUUCAUGGAGGACCUCAGCUCAUGUUAUCUGAAGUUAGACGUCUUUACUGGCCACUGCUAGGUCGAGUAACCGCGAGAUCAGUGGUAUGGCAUUGUGUCAAAUGUACAAAGGCACGUCCACGUUUCAAUCAUCCAAUUAUGGCACCACUCCCAAGAGACCGAGUUCAGUGUACUAGACCUUUCACUGUCACAGGUGUAGAUUUUGCUGGACCCAUAUAUAUUCGCAGUGGUUUGAGGCGUGUAGCUGCUAAGAAGGCUUGGAUUGCUAUAUUUGUUUGCUUCUCAACGAAGGCCAUACAUUUGGAGUUGGCUGACGAUCUUUCAAGUAAGUCUUUCAUGGCGACAUUUCGUUAG